UUUCUAUAAGAUUGCAACUAAUAAUGAAAGUUUAUAUAAGGAAAUGAUACAAGUUUAUAGCCAGACAGUAGAGAACAGUUGAGCUGUUUUUCUGUCCGUUGUGUUGUAUUACAAGUGUUUAGUGUUACCAGUAUAGAAAAUAAAUUAAUAUAAUGAUUGCUAGAAGUUUAACUUUCUUAUUGGCGCUGGGAGCCACCAUGGCGACAUACCGCCCCUUCGAGGGUGUGGACCCCAACACCCUGUCCUGCGACCCUGAGGGUCAGAUUUUCCUCCUGCUGCCUCACCGCGAAGACUGCGACAAGUUCUACAUUUGUGCUCACGGCAAGGAGGUGGAGUUCAACUGUCCCGCGGGCACCAUCUUUGAUUUUGAAAUACAGGGCUGCGAGUGGUCCUGGGCGGCUACAUGUCAGCUUCGUGAUCCGAUUAAUGGAGAUUCCAAUGAAGAAUCUCUCGAGGGCUCUGGAGACAGCGAGGAACUUUGGUCUCCAAACGACAACGCUCAGAUCGGUGUACUGGACCUUCUGAGCGGACCCGCUGCCGUCAAACUGACGGAGACCCGAAAGUUCGGCACCAUCUUGGACUGCGAGAACCCAGGGUCUGCCGCCAAACAACUGCCGUACAGAGGUGACUGCCAGCGUUUCUGGCGCUGCUCCAACGGCGUGCCGCAGGCCGCCUUCUGCUCCGAUGGCUUGUUCUUCAACGAACGCACGCAGCAGUGCGACUUUGAGGCAAACAGCAAGUGUGUGGACAGCCAGCAUAACGAGCUGGCCGGUGAAUUUAUUGAGUACAAGUAAUUUUACGGUUUGAGAGCUUGGAAGACCAAUUUUAUAAAGCUACAAAUUAUACGUCUCGCGUUGUGUGAUGAUUCCUUCCCGUUUACGCAGCGGCUUACGUGAGCGAAUAACUCGUGAACGCGAAACGACGCGGCGCGGCGCGGGUGAAUCAAUCGUUUGAUACCUAUGGAAGUGUCCUACGUGGUCGAUCUCGUUGCGAACGCGAAUGCCGUGGGCCGCCGCGCCGCGCCGCUUCGCGUUCGCGAGUUACUUGCUCACGUAAGCCGCUGCGAACGGCGUGCGCGCGUUGCGGAUUAUAGAAGGGUACAUCCAGUUCAGCCGACCGAUCAAAUACCGCAAUGUAAUGAAACUCGCAUAGGAGUUCUCGUAGUAUAAAUGAGCCCUAUUAUCGUUUUAGACACGCUUUUAUUUAACUUGCAAUGUAACUAUGUACCUAGGUAUGUGUGUACGGAUCAAAUUUUGUAAGUUAAAUUUGACCCACUUCCCGGUUUCCAUUGAAGUUGUAAAUGUACAUACAUUUGUAAGUCGGAUGACAAUAUGCUGUAUACUAUCGAGCUGAUCUGAUGGAGACAGGAGGUGGCCAUGGGAACUCUGUGAUAAAACAACGCAACAUAAUUGUGUUUGGGGUUUUUAGAAUUGUCUCGAUGAGUGUUGCCUGAAGAAAAAAAGUACAGUCAGCGAUAAAAGCUUGUACCAAAAAUUAUAUCUUUGCCAAAAACUUAUUACCUAUGCAGUAGCUGCCACGCAAAAUGUUUGUAAACAUAUUUGGAAGUUUUGCAAACUAAUUUAUUUAGAAAUGUAACAAUUUAAAUUAUAAAAAUACAGUAAUAAAUCAGUUAUUUUUUAAAUCAAGCCCCAAACAAAGGAGACUUAAAGGAACUGCCACAGGAAACAUUAUUAGAUGCGAGAGAUAUA